AAGAUGUAGACGUGAAGUGAAGGGGAUAUGCAGGAUUUAGGUAAGGUGUUCUCCACAACUAAGAGUGAUGAUGAGUGAGUGUGUCACUAGAUAAAGAUAGAAGAGCAUGUGAUGUCUCCUUUUCCUUUUAACAAUCGCCAUCCAUGACAUAGGUCCCUCCUUCAAGAAAGGUAGCUAGCCAGGUAUAAAAGGAAAUUUUUUAUUUUUAUAAAUUAAUUGAAAAGAAAAAAAGGGUAUUUAAUCUUGCAUAAGAAAACAAGUCGAUGGAAGGGGAGAUGAUGGUAACGAUGAUGACAAUCAAUGGAAGAACAGCAACCUUCCAUGAAAAAGAUCAUUCUUUCUCCACUCUCAUACCAAUCCCUAUCCCUACCCCUACUCCAGCCCCAACCUGGAAACUGUACGAAAAUCCAUUCUAUAGUUGUCCUCAAAACCACCAUCAAAAUCAAGAAAACAAAGAACAAGAACAAGAGCUAGAAGUGGGUCAGAAGAAGCAACUCCAUCUUCUUCAUUUGCCUGUUUCCACUCGUAAGAUUGCGACAUCUUUCUGGGAUCUUACAUUCAUCAAGCCAUUCAUGGAUUCAGAGCUCGACACUGCUCGAGCACAAAUCAUGGAGCUCAAAGUACAUCUUGAGAACGAACGAAAAGCUCGUAAAAAGGCCGAGUCAAUCAACAAGAAGCUGACAAAGGAGUUGAAAGGAAAGGAAGCAUUGGAGAAAGUAUGCGAAGAGCUUGCAGCGGAGGUGUCAUGUAGUAAGGCUGAGAUAAGCAGGUUAAAGAUAGACAUGGAAGAGGAGAGGAAGAUGUUGCGUGUGGCUGAAGUAUUGAGAGAGGAAAGGGUCCAGAUGAAGCUCAGUGACGCAAAAAUCAUGUUAGAAGAAAGGAUAUCGGAAUUGGAAAUCACCAAAAUGAUCCACAAGAAGAAUGAUGGAGAUCAUCAUCGGGAACAAAAAGAGCACAAUAAAUGCCUUGUUCUUUCGAAAGAGAACCGCAAUGUCAUAUCUGAAAAAUCACUGAAAUUAAAAGGUAGAAAGGUGUCAUUAGAGCCCGAAAACCCUCACAUAAAACGUGGAAUCCGAGGGUUUGUGGAAUUCCCGCGAGUGGUUAAGGCGAUCGGGUCAAGAGGCAGACACUUGGGUACAAAACUGGAAUGCCAGAAGGCUCAACUGAUGAUACUUCUAAAACAGAAGACACAAAUCCAGUCCAACAAUCUAAUCAUGAGUUAAGUGGAUUAUUACUUGACUACAUUAAUAUUAAUAUUCUUUUUCCUUCUUAUAAACAAUUAUUGAUGUGGUUUGUGUUGAUUAAGUAAUAAUCCCUAAACUUAUCGCAAGAUUCAAGUAAACGGGUGUGAUUGUUUUCAUUUGUUAUGUUAAAGAUUUGAUAGUAAAUGGAUAUGGUGUUUGUGAUA